UCUCAUGGCAACUUCCCAAAACUGAGAGUGUAAAAAAAUAUUGGAUUGAGCUUUGGCAGGAUUCAAAAAAAGAAAUUAAAAAAAUCAACUGCUCCAGUUCUGAAAAUACGAACUAUGUAGUUCCCAGUCUUUUCCCUUCAAGAAUAUACAUGUUGAGGAUGGUUCUAAUCUACCAAAGCAACUUUUCAAGUAAAUCCUCAGCAACAGUUUUUCACACCAAAGCAGGAAUUCCAGGAAUACCUGGUAUACCCCAAAUUCAGCAAGAUUAUGUUAUGUGGACUGCAGCAGAAAAUCACGGAAGCUUUAUAACCUGCUACAUUCUACAAAUAAGAUCCUUACAGAAUGAGACAUUGUCGAAGACCAAUAACUCAAAUAUUUGGGUAACUGUACAUCAAGGUCCUUGCAACACAAGUGUCUGCUCUUGGCAUUAUGGAGAUCUCCAGGGAAUAUACCACUUUCGAGUUUGCAGCAGAUGCAGCCUGAACAAGAACAAACAAAGGGGCAAUCCAACCACUUUUCCUGUGAGUUACCAUCCAGAUUUAGAACUGGCACAUCUUCGAGGAAUGCGUACUGCUGUUAUCCAAACCAAUGUCUGGUAUUCAUCCAGCUACCUGCCCACACAGCUAGAAUUGGAGUCUCUUCCCAUUUUUCCCAGGGAUCAACUUACCUUGAUGAGCUUCCUUGGAAGUGGAGCUUUUGGGGAAGUUUUUGAAGGUGUGGCAAAAGAUAUCAUGGCCCCAGGCACAGGAGACCUAAAGGUGGCUGUGAAAACUCUGAGAAAAGGAGCAACUGAUUUAGAGAAAUCUGAAUUUCUUAAGGAAGCUUGUUUAAUGAGCCAUUUUGAUCACCCUCACAUUAUAAAGCUUUGGGGAGUCUGCCUGCAAAAUGAGCCACAGUUCCUUUUGCUGGAGUUAAUGGAAGGGAAAGAUUUGCUCAGUUUUCUUCGUGGAGCCCGGGGAACUCCAGACCCUCUCCUUGGCAUUGGUGACUUAAUUGCCAUUUGUAUUGACGUAGCAAGAGGAUGUGCCUACUUAGAGAAAAUGCACUUUGUUCACAGAGACCUUGCUGCCAGAAACUGCUUAGUUUCUGUGAAGGAAUAUACUAGCCGUUCCCGUAAAGUAAAAAUUGGUGACUUUGGUUUAGCCAGAGAUAUUUACAAGAAUGACUAUUACCGGAAAGAAGGAGAAAGUCUACUUCCUGUUAGAUGGAUGUCACCUGAGAGUUUGAUCGAUGGUGUAUUCACAAACCAAUCCGAUGUCUGGUCUUUUGGUGUUCUGAUGUGGGAGGUCAUGACUUUAGGACAACAGCCAUAUCCAGCUCGAACUAACCUUGAAGUUUUACACUUUGUAAGAAGUGGUGGAAGACUUGAGAGGCCUUGCAAUUGUCCUGAUGAUAUAUACCAGUUGAUGUUAAAAUGUUGGACAAGUGAGCCCUACAAGAGACCAUCCUUCUGGUUCAUUGACAGCUGUUUGGAACACCUGGAAAAGAUGUCUACAGACAUCCCUGGUGCUUUAGGAUACUACAAUGAUAGCUACAGAGAGUAUGACAUCUCCCAGGGUAUUGUCAAUCAAGCAUUUGAAGAACGCAUGACUAUAGAUUUCAGCAGUCCUGAUUUCCCAGGUAUCCUGUCUCACCAUGCUGUCCUGCUGUGA